GCAAUUGACAAUUGACAAUCGCUAGUGAAUUAAAAAAAUAAGGAAAGCAAGCAAGAUGAUGGAGAAUCUUAACGACGAUUGCCAAUUGAAGAUUAUUGGCUAUUUGAAACUGGAAGACCAACAAGCUCUGUAUGAAGCAACAGAAAACUUAUCAAGUCGAUUGAACAGCAAUAUAAUCUAUGCCUGGCAGCACAAAACUGAAUAUGUCCUAAAUCCCAAAGUGCUCAAUGAAAAUCUCAACCAACUGGAGAUAUUUCUACGCAGCAUUGCUCCAACGAUACAAAGUAUUGAUCUGAUGGAUGUCACGUUAAAGUUGAUGGCACCUUGGGUGGGUCACAGAUUCCCGAGCGUUCGAGAGUUGAGUUACGAGCUGAAUCCUGAUGAUGAUUGGGUAAAAGCACAGAAACUGUUAGUGGAACUGUUCCCAGGGGUGAGUUCUGCUUGUCCAAGAGGAAAGGUUAAUUACAAUGUCGCUGCCGAAUGGAUACAGUUGCGCAAGCUCGACUUAACCGAUAGUUGGGAUAUAAAUAAAACAGAAAUUAGUCAGCUCACGAUGCUGGAAGAGUUGAUAAUUUGUGCACUUGUGCCAUCUGGAGAUCCAUUUGUGACCAGUGUGGCUAGUUUGCCCAGGCUUCAGGUGCUGAGCUUCAUUACAAAUGGCGCUCAAUUUACCCCUGGAGCAUUUAUGAAUAGUAUUCUAGAUUUGCGUUGUCUGGAUAUAGAGGAGCUUGUAUUUAGUGACUCGAUUUCUGAUUGCGAUCUGGCCAAACUCCAACAGGUUAAGAAUUUGCACAAGUUAACACUUUCCGAAGAAGAUGACUUUCAACUUGAUAGUCUGCAAUCUUUAGUCUCUGCUUUGCCUGUAUUGGAACAAUUGCAUGUGAUUGAUUGCCAAUUUUGGUGCAACGAGAAUGAUCUUUGGCAAACCAUCGACAUCUGUCCAUCUCUCAAAGUGUUAAACAUAACAGGCUUUCACUUAUAUGACCAUUUCUUUGGCCAAAGUCGACGUUUCAUGGAGAAUGUGUUAAGAAAGCGUUCUACUCCUUUGACUCUACACUGGCAUGAUACUGGCAAUAAUGAGAAUUUGAUUCGUCAAUGCUUUCAACAUUGUAAUUUGAAACUUUCUUUUGAGUCCUUAAGUAGGGAUAUAAUCCCGCUCAAUUCUGUUCAAAUAAAACUUGUGCCUUUGAAGAAGUGAUAUUUGCAAUAAUUGUUACGUUUCACCAAAAGUAAUUAAUUGAAAUUGCUAAAUUUGUUUACUUACAAUAAAUAUUUUUGAAAGAUAUUUAUUUAUAAGAAUAAAUAAUGAAUAAAUGUACAUGAUUUAAUCGACUUUUCAGAAUCUAUGUUAAGUUAUAGGCUUAUAUAUUUUUAUUGUCACUAAAUAAAUAUAAACGAUCGAUUCUAUUUUAUUAGACUCCAUUUUAUUAGUCAAGA